AUGGAUGAACCAACUGUGCUGCGGAAGGAUCAGCUAGAGAUCAGCUUAGUCAAUGAGAAGAAAUUGAUUAAGGAGGGUACUAUUAAGGACGAUAACCCUUUAGAUCUCAGUGAGCCAUUUCGUGAACUAUGCAGCGCAUGUCGUCAGGGCGAUUUGAAAGUCUGCCAGGAAAAAAUCACCGAGGGCGUCAAUGUCAAUGCGCGUGAUCCCUAUGAUUACACGCCAUUGAUCCUGGCGAGUCUCUGUGGUCAUUAUGAAGUUGUGCAACUUCUUCUUGAGUCUGGUGCACUUUGUGAGCGAGAUACAUUUCAGGGUGAGAGAUGUCUUUAUAAUGCCCUAAACGACCGGAUACGAAACCUCCUUCUGGAAUAUGAUUUUUCCAAGUCCACGGACCCCCUCCAGCCUUUAGCCGCGCAUAUAACUUCACUUCUCACUCGUGAGUCUCCAUUAACAACUGAUUUUGUUGUGACUGCAUCCGACGAGUCGCUUCACCUCCACAAAUUCAUUCUCGCGGCACGUUCUCCGUAUUUCUAUGGUAAACUAGCCGUGAAUCCAGACGCUACAACAUGGAAUCUCCCCAGUACCAUUCCUCCCGAGGCGUUCGGCGCCGCUAUCAAAUACCUGUAUUUUGGAGAAGCUCCUCGGGACUUGAGAAGUGGACCAGGGUCAGACUUCACGGAAUCCGAGACUUUUGCAGGGUUGAGUAGAAUAUCCAAGCACUUGGAGAUUCCCAGUCUUCUAGACAGUAUCCGUGAUAGCGGAGACAGGAGACGUGCAAGACAAAGAAGAACCGACGAUAUUUCCAAGGGCCGAGAUCAAAUGGAACAAUGGUUCCAGGAGAAUAUUCUGGGGAAUAAGCUCGAGGUGGAGACUUCGAAAGUGAACGAGGUGAAGUGGAGACGAAGCAAUGCGAUCUUCGCUGAUGUUCUUCUGAGGGCGGAUGAACUCCCCGAGGAAGAGGAGGAAGCGGACAUAAACACACCAGAAUUCAGCAAUGGCACAUUCAGUUCGAUUCCCAUUGGCGCUAUCUCUACCGCGAAUCAGAAGACUCCCGAGGCGCCGAAAUCAAUUAUCUUCCCAUGUCAUCGAGCAAUGCUUUUGCGGUCUGAGUUUUUCCAGGCAAUGUUUACAUCCACUUUUCGUGAAGCCUAUCUUAGUGAGAAUCUGACGGUCAUCGACGUCAACUGUUCGCCUGAAGUCUUGCAAAUUAUUCUUACAUUCUUAUACACCGAGAGAGCCGACUUCCCCUUAGAAAUCGCUGUUGAUGUCUUGUUCGCCGCAGACAUGCUCUUCAUUGAGAAGUUGAAGACGAAAGCUGCGGUGGUCAUCAGCACCCUUGGCAGUGCCGGAAUGUCCCAGAAUGAAGCUGCGAGAACUCGCGGCACGGUGGAUGAAGAUGACAUUGACAUCUACUCAAUCAUUCGAGCUGCAUGGUUGACCCGCGUGCAGCGAUUGGAAGAAUUUGCCGCUCGAUAUCUCGCAUAUCGGCUGGAAGCACAUAUAGAUAGCCCUGAAUUUGCGGAGUUGAUUCUAGAAUCAGCAUCUCGCAUCAAGGCGAGACAGGAAACCGAUUCCAUUGAAAUGCUGGAUGAUAUCCGGUUCUAUCUUGGAGAGCGCUUUAGAUUGAGAUUUGAUGAGGCUGGCCUGGAUGAGAUGAUGGAAGAAAAUGAACCACCGGAAGAUGUCGAUGAAGACGAGCAGCCGGAAGAUGUUAUAGGCCUUGCAGAAGGUGUCAAAAGCCUGGAAGUCUCCAAAAAAGCUACUGCCAGUCAAGGGCAGCAGCCGCAAAUCCAUGCCCCGGUGAUUCGAGCUCUGGAUGGCGCGAUUGUCGAGGAUGAAUUCUCGGAAGAUACAAUGAACUAUGAGAUCUUGCUCGAGAAGCUGGAUGAUUUGUUGGAGCGACUCAACCUCGAGGCUUAG